UCGCAGGUGAAGUCCUCAAGCUCAAACCCUCGCCGCCGUCGACAAUCAGCAAGUCAUCAUGGGUCGUGUUCGCACCAAAACCACCAAGAGGGCCUCCCGUGUUCUCAUCGAAAAAUACUACCCCCGUCUCACCCUUGAUUUCCACACCAACAAGCGUAUCAUCGAUGAAGUCGCUGUUGUCCCCUCAAAACGUCUGCGCAACAAGGUCGCUGGCUUCACGACUCAUUUGAUGAAGCGUAUCCAGAAGGGACCCGUCCGUGGUAUUUCCUUCAAGCUCCAGGAGGAGGAGCGUGAGAGGAAGGACAGCUACGUUCCCGAAGUCUCUGCCCUUGACACCAGUGUCAAUGGUCUCGAGGUUGACCCUGAUACCAAGGAACUUCUCAACGCAUUGAAUUUUGAGUCUGUUACUGUCAACGUUGUUGCUCCUGUCGUUGCUACCGUCGACCGUCGGGGUCCGCGACGGAACGUUCCUGGUGCCGCCCGAUCGUAAUUCAGCCCAUCCAACGCCAUAGUAUGUUAUGCCCACAUGCCAUGUAUUGCUGUAUUGCCCUCCACCCAGAUUUUUUUUCUCCGUGACAUCCGCCUCGCCUUUGGCAUGAUUACUUGCCUCGCUCUCGAUUCAAUGCAUAGCUUUCCGGAAAAAACGCUUGGGCAACUGGCUGAAAUCGGUGACAGACUGGUCUCUCCGCUGACGCCAUUUUGACCGGUAUUGCAAUGCAUUAAAGGUUGUGAUAGGUAUUCAUAUAGUAAAGAUAUCCAUGUCUCUAAAUAUCUGAGACGAGUGAUGUCCUCCCAUUCGUACAUACAGUACAAGGUCCGCUCCCAAAAUGCUGCGCGCUGUUAUUGAAAUUACAGCGAUAGUGUCCUCUCCGCCUCACCGUUGCUCUGCAAACUCAGCAGCAGCAACAGGGAAUAGGGAUGAUCCAGCAAAUACCCCCCUACGUCGUAACUUCAGCUUUUUGCUUUCUUCACAUUGACAGACACACGUACAGGACAAGGAAUACAUCCUCCUCGGAGGC